CUACUCGUGAGGCUUGUUAGUCUUCUCCAGCUAAAUUUCACACCACACAACCUUCUCUCUUCUUCUUCUUCAUGUUCUUCAGAAAGCAAUCGCCUGCCUCAGCUGAUCCGCCAUGGAGCUUCAAGUCAGAGAGCUUCUCCAAACUCAAAGACCCCCACCACCCCACUCGCUCUCUCUCUCCUAACUUGAGGUACACUCUUCUCCUCUCUCUCUUUCUUGCUUCCUGGUUCCUUCUUCUCUUCCGCUUCACACCACCCUCCUCCUCCACCGCUCCCGCCGCCGACUCCGGCGGCGCCGCCAGAAAGUUAUUGCUUCCGAGAGCCGAUUGUGAUGGCACUGUAUCAGUUUAUGUCUACAAUUUACCUCCUCGCUUCAACGUCGGCCUUCUCACUCGCUGUCAGAACCUCAACAUAUACACCAACAUGUGCCCGCACGUAGCGAAUCACGGCCUCGGCCAGCCCAUUCCCAAUUACAUGUCUCUCUCCUCCGCCACCUGGUUCGCCACCCACCAGUUCAUCGCCGAGAUGAUCGUCCACGCGCGCGUGGAGAAUCACCCUUGCCGCACGUGGGACCCUACCGUAGCUAACCUCUUCUACGUACCCUUCUACGGUGGGCUCCACGCUUCUGGCAUGUUCCGCGAGGCUAAUCACACACUACGCGAUGAAUUAGCCGUUGACCUCGUCCGGUACCUACAGGAUCAGCCCGCGUGGCAGAAACACAAUGGCAAGGACCAUUUUCUUGCCCUAGGGAGAACCGCGUGGGAUUUCAUGAGGACAGAAGACGGCCCAGACUUUGGCGCCAACAUACUCUUGAACCUGCCACCUGUCCAGAACAUGUCGGUGUUGACCGUGGAGAGACAACCUUGGAAAGGCUUGAACCAGUAUGGCAUUCCUUACCCUUCUUAUUUCCAUCCCACAACAAUCUCAGAACUGGAGAGAUGGCAGAGGAAGAUGAUGGAAUCGGAGCGACCGUACCUGUUUUCCUUCGUCGGCGGUCCGAGGAAAGGCUUGGAAAAGGCGGCGAUCCGAGGGGAGAUUCUCCGGCAGUGCGAGGAGUCAACGCGGUGCAAGCUCUUGAAAUGCGGCGGCGACGCCGGAGGAGUCAGGUGUCACGAGCCAAGCGUGGUGCUGGACGUGAUGACCAAGUCUGAGUUCUGCCUGCAGGCACCCGGCGACUCGUUCACGCGGCGUUCGACGUUCGACUCGGUGCUGGCAGGCUGCAUUCCGGUGUUCUUCUCGCCGCACACGGCGUACAGUCAAUACGCGUGGUACAUGCCGGCGGAGGAAAAAGAGACAUAUUCGGUGUAUAUUGAUGAGAAAGGAGAAGAAAGCAAGACGAUCGAGAAGGAACUGAUGAAGAUUCCGAGGGAGAAAGUGAAGAGAAUGCGACAAGUUGUGAUCGAGAUGAUCCCAAGACUGACAUAUGCUCACCCCAAUGCGAGUGAGAUUGGGUUUAGAGAUGCAGUUGAUGUUGCACUGGUCCAACUCUCUAAGAUCGUUCAGGCAAAAAUCAAUGCAGAAUCUUAAUGACGAGGUCAGAGAUAGAUAAGUUAUUCAUCAGAAAUGAAUUUUAAUUAUUCAAGUGAAAUGUAGAAGAUUAGACCUAAAGAUGAAGUAGGAAAAAGGGAAAUAUAUUUAUUCAUUCUUCCUCGGAAUAGUUGUUUUGGAAGUGCAUGUUAACGCUUGCUUUGCUUCCUUAUGAAGAUUCGUUUUCAUUA